CAUAACUUGACGAUAAAGUGCGCACUGGCCUUAAGGUGAUUGUACAAACAAGUUAGGCAUAAAAUUUUCGUUACUUAGAACUGAACAUUUUGCAAAAGAAUGAAGCUUAUUUUAAUAUUUGCAUUUUUAAUGUUUUCUAUCGCGAAAAUACAAUCUAUAAGUGAGUCGUGCGGUCCAAAUGAAAUAUGGGGGGGAUGCUACGAUGCAUGUUGCAAUCCUGAACCAUCUUGCGAAAUAAGAAUCCCAAUCGCAUGUGGAAUUGUAUGCCCUGUCCCAUGCCGUCCGCAUUGUGUUUGCGAACCAGGAUACAUAAGAAAGAGAUUUAAUGGACCAUGUGUAAUAAGAUGUUAAAUAAUAAUUACAAACAAUUAUACAUAUUGCUUAAAGAAAUUGUUUUUUUUUUGUUUACAGAUACUAAAAUAUUAAAUAUAAUGAAUUUCUUACA